CAAAACUGUCAGCCGAGCUGUCAACAAGGGAUUCUCGUUUCCAGAGCAAAAAAAAAACAGGGUGCAAAUUUUGCCUUGCUUUCGAUUACUUAACACUAGUAUUGGUUGGGUGCAUUGAUUCUCUACGCCGUUCCGGAAUAAUAACGAAAAGAUGCUCCGUUUUGCGGCUGGUCGUGUGCUGGGCGGUCUUCGCAGUGCCGCUGGGCUGAAGAGUGGCGGUGUGUCGUCGAUGGUGGCCGUGCGUCACUCGCACAGCAACGAAACCGACGAGGAGUUCGACAGCCGCUACGAGGCCUACUUCAACCGGCCGGAGCUGGAUGGCUGGGAGGCGCGCAAGGCGAUGAACGAUCUGCUCGGCAUGGAUCUGGUGCCGGAGCCGAAAAUCAUCGUGUCCGCCCUGAAGGCAUGCCGUCGCCUGAACGACUACGCGCUGGCGGUCCGCUUUCUGGAGGGCGUGAAGGACAAGUGUGGUGACAAAACGAACGAAAUCUACCCGUAUCUGCUGCAGGAAAUUCGCCCGACGCUCACGGAACUCGGCAUCGACACACCGGAAGAGCUGGGAUACGAUCAGCCGGAGCUGGCACUGAAAUCGGUGUACGACAUGCACUAAAUUCGAGUGCGUGUGUGUGUUUGAGCGCGCGCGCGUCGUGUGUCCCAGGGCUCGCUAGUGCUUAGUCGUGGUCGUUUUGUCAAUAUUAAAUAAAUACACAGCCAGCUGUUAUAUAAUCGGAA